AUGGCGCAGUGGUCGGAGGCGCCCUGCAACACGCAGGUGAAAUCGAUCUCCGCGCCCAUGGCCCACCAAGCCUUCCAUCCCUCCAGGGUCGGCAAAUUGGUACCAGGCCUGUCUGAGUGCAGCACUGGCUACAUCGGUAGGCCACUGCAAGUAAUUGUAAAGGCUAGAUAUGCAUUCAAUCACCUCCAAACAGUGCUUAAUGAAGUCAAAUGCACGGCGCAUCCCUCAGAGAUUGAUCAACGCCGAGAGAUUUAUCCUUUUAUCCUUUUUUAUGUUCAAUGUGUUAAAUAUUCACUCCAUGUAAAUCUUGGUUGUGACGUUUCAUAUCGAGACGUGCAGCUCGCAUCGGACAUGACACCGGGUACGAGAGUUGCUAGAAUUCCAGAAGUGCUAUGCAAACAGUCCACGUACAGAUACCUAUGCGAAAGUGGUAUGCCAUCACAGUUCGUCUACAGAUGGGCAAUGGACAGUGGAAAAUGCCAAUCAUUUGCAUAUGGAUACUGUCUGUUUGAAUGGAACCACCCUCACCCACGUACAGCCGAGGAAUGCGAGAUGUUGUGUAAUUGA